AUGUUGAAGAACAUUCACGAACGUACCGUGAAGAAGGUAAAGGGUAACCACUAUGUGGCAACGCAUGGCCGUGAUACGGUGGAUCUACCGUACGCCCAGGCAAACCGAGGAUACUCCACCGACGGCGAGGACAGCCAACGGGCCCCUUCGGAACGGACCCUGUCCGAGUACACGGUUGCGAACGAGCGGGCAACACCUCCGACAGCACCGGCUCGGAAGUCCCGCUCGGAACACAAGUACCAGAACAACAACAAUGGAGGUCCCCGACCUCUUUCUAGUCCACCGACGCGAGCUCCACCAAGGGCACCGUCGGCGCUCAGUUACGAUCAUGGCGGCGAAACUGGCAGCGACAUCUACGUCACAUCCGCGGCCUACAAGGCACCGUCGGAAAUAAGUCGUUACAGUGCCCACCGAACGCAUCAAUCGCGCGGACCGCGCAGCGUGUACAGUGUUGCCAGUACGGCGAAAACUGGCCGCAGCUCACGGCGACACGGUGCCAAGGUGGAGGCCAUGUCCGCACCGAACCCAUUCUGCCCGAACGUGAAGGGUGUCUGCUGUCUGAUGCUGCUGCUAAACCUGGGGCUGAUACUCAUCACGCUUGGAUUCGUCAUAGUAAUGCAGUUUAUGGAGCCAUUGUUUGUGUGGAUCUUGGGUGUGGUGUUCCUGAUCUUCGGUUUCGGUACACUGAUCGGCAGCAUGAUCUACUGUGUGAUCGUGUGUCGGGAUGCGAAAACACCGUCCCAGCUGAAGAAUGAGGACCUUUACUGGACGAAACAUUGGCAGAAGAGCAUCGGCUACACGCCACAGGAGAUCGACUACAAAACGGAUCGGUUCGAUGAGCGCGACCGAUACUCGGACAGGUUUUCGGUUAGCAAAAUGAGCGGCAAAUACUCCGAUCGUGACAUUACCCGAUACUAA